GCUGAGCUCCGGGGGCCGCAGCCCGAGGGAGAGGAGCGCGGGGCCCGGCCCCUCUGGGAGCUGCCCGUGAGCAUCGCCGAGAAGAGGAGAAUAAGGGAUUCUCAGCAGGCUGAUAUAAAAUAUUCUUCUGGAUGGAAUCAGUGGAAAAGAACUAGUAGUAAAUCAUGGAAAAAAGCUCUCAAAGAUAUCAAAGAGUUGUCAUCUUACGUGGAACUUUGGCGGCAUGAUAUUCACAGCAUUGAAGGGAAAUUUGGUACUGGCAUCCAGUCCUAUUUCUGCUUCCUGCGUUUUCUGGUUGUGCUGAAUUUUUUCAUGUUCAUCCUGAUGUUCAGUUUUGUUACGCUUCCCACUGUCAUCUCUAAUUAUGGAAUUUUCAACAGUAGCUCUGCUAAAAUUUCUCCAAAAAACACAGAGCCUUAUUGCACUGUUUACACACCUAGUGGUAAUAAGGGACUUGUUUACUUCUAUACAUACCUCAAAGAUUUGCUCACCGGCACUGGGUUCCUGGAAGUGACAGUUUUGUUUUAUGGCUAUUACACAGUAGAUGCUGCAUGGCUUAGUGUCCUGAGAUAUAACUUACCGCUAGCAUACUUGCUAACUACAUUUGCCUACCUUGCACUAAGUCUUCUCUGGAUAAUCCAAAGAUCUGUGAAAGGAUUUAGGCAGAACUUGGUGCAUGGUGUAAAUCAGUUUCAGAGUUAUUGCAACAAAGUCUUUGCAGGCUGGGACUUCUGCAUUACAGAUCUAAAUGCAGCACGGCUAAAGCAUCGCAGCUUGCUAUAUGAGCUCCAAACAGAUUUGGAGGAAGAAAGACUGAAGCAAAAAAUAGCUGACAGGACUAUGAAAGAAAAGCUACGGAUCUUCUCUCUGAGAAUAUUUAUAAAUAUAGUUGUCAUUGGAAUUUUAUUAGGGUGCUUUUAUUGUAUUUCUAGAGCAACUGUCUUCUCUCAAGAAAACUCCGGUGGCGUCAACAGUGUGGGCUUCCAGGCUAAUCUCUUAGUUCAGUAUUUGCCAUCCAUCGUGAUCACAGCGGUCAACGUAAUUGCUCCUCUGAUCUUUUCAAUUCUGAUCAGAUUUGAAGAUUAUUCACCAGCCUUUGAAAUCAGACUGAGUCUGUUGAGGUGCAUCUUUGUGCGGUUGGCCAAUAUUGCUGUUCUGUUGGUCUCACUGUGGAGUCAGAUCCACUGUACCACUGACCAGUGUAAGGCCUGUGGAUACGAUUACAAACUCUAUCCUGUAGGUAGACUUAUCUUGGUCUUCAAUCACCUGAACUUGUAGUAGGAGAUUCUUUUUCCAUGAGGUUUGCUUGUUUAAAAGCAUUCAGAAUUGGACUUGUGGUUCCUGUUCAUGUUGUAGAUAGUGCUGUGUGCAUGUAUAUUUAUCUGUCUGUGUAUCACUUAUCUUCCAUUUAUUUAAAGCUCAUUAUUUUAUUACAUUAACGGAUCGUAAUUUAGCAGAGAUUUUCUGGCUGCUGUGAAGUCUGUCCAUUUGAGGUUGUGUUGUCACUGUCUUUUUCUUCAAUAAAAAAACAGAACAUUUGGUUUGGAAGCUCUGAAACACUUGAAAACUUUAGAAAUGGAAAUUAUUACAGUUUUAUCUUUAUUGGUGUGAACUGAUU